AUGCUAGGUGUAUUAUUCUUUGAAGAAAAGUUGGUGGAUUAUGUUGCACGACUACAUGGUCUCAGCUGCGAAGUACUUAAUGCGUAUUUGGAAAAAACCAAGGAGCUGUGUCUUAACAAGCCUGCCGCGUCCACAGCCAACUGGAAUUUGAUCACAUAUGGUGCCGAUUUGCUGGAUUCCCAAUUACUGGAGGAUAAUGUUUCUGGAGGAAGGGUACUAACUAUGUUGAUUGAUCAAGAUACACCAGUACCAGUAACACGGCUGCUGAUUAGUUCACCGAAACAAAGAAUUCAGAAGCUGAUCUUAACCCUUGCUUGGAGAAGUCCAGCCGAGCAAGAGAUGAGAUUGCUUGCAGCAAGGAUUGUGGAGCAGCUGGCUGGUCACCUCAACCUUGCUCACUUUCCAGGAGCCUUGGAAUGCAUAUCCACCCUAUUUGACACUUCCUGUCAUAACAAUGCUGAUCAGGAAGCCCUCCAUUUGACAUUUGCGAGCGCCCACAUCAAGCAGAGGAAAAGGACAGCUUUGCUAAACCAAAUUAAGGCUGGUAACAAGAAGAAUGAUAGAGAUGGUAACCCGGAGGUUGGGGGCAUGAUCAGCUCCUCAGUAGAAAAUAUUCUGCAGAGUGGUGGUACCCUACAGCAAGAUAUCAAGCAGAGGGUGAAUUGUGAGGAACUGGUUUUGACAGGCUUGAGAAUUCUAGAGAACCUGGCUCACGACAGACAUAAUUGCACACUGAUAUACAACACCAAGGAUCUUCUUUCAAAAUUACUUGCGCCUGUCAGCUCCAACGAAUUUGUACAAGAUAUCAAGAGCAAUGCUGCAUGGACCAAGGUAAUAGACGGAUCCCUGGAAGUGGUGAGCCGGCUCAUGAGUUCUCCAGGAUGCACCGGCGAAGAGAUGUGCAGCAUAAUUGUAAAUGAUAGAAAUUUAGUCCAGAACUUGGAGGCCGUUCUGGAUAUGGAUAUGAAAAGUAAUAACAGUAUCGUAGAACUACAGAUGCGAGUUAUAGAGGUUCUUACACAAUUAGCCUUGCAUCAUCCAGCAAGUACUUCUGCAGAAAAACUUAUAGAGAGGGCACUACACAUCUUCCUUAGUGAAGAUUGCAUGAAAGAUUGUUUGACAUGUGAGAAAAUAAAGAUCGAGCAUCAAACUAAAAGAGCAAAGGAAACUGCAAAUCGGCUUAAAGAAAAGGCUGGCGAGGCAUUGGCCAUGCUGUCCAGUGAUUCAGAGACUAUCAAGAGCUUCACUGGAUGCAAAGAUGACAAUUUCCAUCGACUUAGUAAAAUGCUCAUGCAAAUAGAGAUCAACAUUGGCUGUCGUAUUAGUGCAGCAGUCAUCUUAAAGCAUUUGAGCAACUAUGUCCAGGAACCAACCUUACGGAAGGUACUUGCGGAAUUGCUUCAUGUACAAGCAGAAGCGAUUAGUCCAAGCACACCCAGGUGCCGGGAGCACUCCAUUUCUUGCAUUAAAGCAUGCAGAAACGACAUCGAAAACCCAAGUGACAGUGCGGAAGACAAGCCUUUCACUUUACAGCGCCUCUACAUCCAGCAAUGUGGAGAGGGGAGGCUGCAAGCAGAGCUGUUAUCAGUCAUCACAACGAUUUGUGCAAACAGCAAUCUUGAUUUUGGAGAAAUCUUAAUGUCCCAGACGCUGCCUGCUGCCCUGGAAGACUUUGUGGUGAGGCUCAAGAAGAUGGUGGAAGACAACAUGUAUGCCACCCCUGCGUGCUUGGCUAUACAGAAGCUCACCUGCAAGAUGGUUAUGGAAUUCCUCCAGCACAAUCCAAAUGUCGACGUGAUUGACAGGCACAAUAUCGUUGGCACACUAUUGAAGGCUUCAGAGACGAUGGCCGGGCUUGAGAGCACCAUGCUUUUCGCUGGCAUCGAUCGUGACUGCCACGGGGUUCCUCUGAAGCCUCUCUCCCCUGUUCUUGCUAAAAAAGCAGAAGAUCUUUUGGCACAGAGGAAAGAGGAUCUGGGAAUCAACAUUGCCCCUGCCAGUGCACCAGUACCAUGA